UCGGCCCCUGCCGACGGGCGGGUGAGAGGGGAAGUGGGCGGGGGCUCGGGCACAGUUGCUGGAGUGACCGGCGGCCGCGGGGUGCAGGCCUGGUGGGAGCCCCCGCGGGCCGGGCCGUGAUGAGCCAUGGCAUCGGUCAAGGUGGCCGUGAGAGUCCGGCCCAUGAAUCGCAGAGAAAAGGACCUGGAAGCCAAGUUUAUCAUUCAAAUGGAGAAAAGCAAAACGACAAUCACAAACUUAAAGAUACCAGAAGGAGGCACUGGGGACUCAGGCAGAGAACGGACCAAGACCUUCACUUAUGACUUCUCUUUUUACUCUGCUGACACCAAGAGUCCAGAUUAUGUUUCACAAGAAAUGGUUUUCAAAACUCUGGGCACAGAUGUCGUGAAAUCUGCCUUUGAAGGUUAUAAUGCUUGUGUCUUUGCAUAUGGGCAAACUGGAUCCGGAAAGUCCUACACUAUGAUGGGAAAUUCUGGCGAUUCUGGUUUAAUACCUCGGAUCUGUGAAGCGCUCUUCAGUCGGAUCAGUGAAACCACCAGAUGGGAUGAAGCCUCUUUCAGGACGGAAGUCAGCUAUUUAGAAAUUUACAACGAACGCGUGAGAGACCUACUUAGGCGGAAGUCAUCUAAAACCUUCAAUUUAAGAGUCCGUGAGCAUCCCAAAGAAGGGCCUUACGUUGAGGAUUUAUCCCAGCAUUUAGUCCAGAACUACAGUGAUGUGGAAGAACUUAUGGACGCAGGGAAUAUCAACCGUACCACUGCAGCGACGGGGAUGAAUGACGUCAGUAGUAGGUCUCACGCCAUCUUCACCAUCAAGUUCACUCAGGCGAAAUUCGACGCUGAAAUGCCGUGUGAAACUGUGAGCAAGAUCCACCUGGUUGAUCUUGCUGGAAGUGAGCGUGCAGAUGCCACCGGUGCCACUGGGGUCAGGCUCAAGGAAGGGGGCAAUAUAAACAAGUCCCUUGUGACUCUGGGAAAUGUCAUUUCUGCCUUAGCUGAUUUAUCUCAGGAUGCAGCCAACCCUCUUCUGAAGAAGAAGCAAGUUUUUGUGCCUUACAGAGAUUCUGUUUUGACUUGGCUCUUGAAAGACAGCCUUGGAGGAAACUCUAAAACCAUCAUGAUUGCUACCAUUUCACCUGCUGAUGUCAAUUAUGGAGAAACCCUAAGUACCCUUCGCUAUGCAAAUAGAGCCAAAAACAUCAUCAACAAGCCUACCAUUAAUGAGGAUGCCAACGUCAAGCUCAUCCGUGAGCUGCGAGCCGAAAUAGCCAGGCUGAAAACCCUGCUCGCUCAAGGGAAUCAGAUUGCCCUCUUGGACUCCCCUACAGCCUUAAGUAUGGAGGAAAAACUUCACCAGAAUGAAGCAAGAGUUCAAGAAUUGACCAAGGAAUGGACAAACAAAUGGAAUGAAACCCAAAAUAUUUUGAAAGAGCAGACUCUAGCCCUUAGGAAAGAGGGGAUUGGUGUGGUUCUGGACUCUGAGCUGCCUCACUUGAUUGGCAUUGAUGAUGACCUUCUGAGUACUGGGAUCAUCUUGUAUCACUUGAAGGAAGGGCAGACUUACGUUGGCCGAGAAGAUGCUUCAACAGAGCAAGAUAUUGUCCUUCAUGGUCUUGACUUGGAGAGUGAGCACUGUGUCUUUGAGAAUGUUGGGGGAAUGGUGACUCUGAUACCCCUGAGCGGGUCCCAGUGCUCCGUGAAUGGUGUUCAGAUUGUGGAUGCUACACAGCUAAAUCAAGGUGCUGUGAUACUCUUGGGAAGAACCAACAUGUUCCGCUUUAACCAUCCAAAGGAAGCUGCCAAGCUCAGGGAGAAGAGGAAGAGUGGCCUUCUGUCCUCCUUCAGCUUGUCUAUGACCGACCUCUCCAAGUCGUGUGAGAACCUGUCUGCAGUCAUGUUAUAUAACCCUGGUCUUUUCCCUAUAAAAGGACCCAUCUGUCUAAGACUUGAAUUUGAGAGACAACAGCGUGAAGAACUUGAAAAACUUGAAAGUAAAAGAAAACUCAUCGAAGAGAUGGAGGAAAAGCAGAAAUCGGACAAGGCAGAGUUAGAGCGAAUGCAGCAGGAGGUGGAAACCAGGCGCAAGGAAACAGAGCUAGUUCAGCGGCAGAUCCGCAAACAGGAAGAAAGCCUCAAACGCCGCAGCUUCCACAUUGAAAACAAACUCAAGGACCUGCUGGCCGAGAAGGAAAGGUUUGAGGAAGAGAGGCUCAGGGAGCAGCAGGGACUUGAGCAUCAGAGGAGGCAAGAAGAAGAGAGCUUAUCCCGUAUCAGAGAGGAGCUUCGCAGGCUCCAAGAGCUCAACAGCCAUGAGCAGGCGGAGAAGGUCCAGGUAUUCCAGGGGCUGGACCAGCUGCACAGAGAACAAGAUGCCCAGAGUUCCAAGCUGCAGCUGGAGAAAAGGAGGCUGGAGGAGCAAGAGAAGGGACAGGUGCUGCUGGUGGCACACUUGGAGGAGCAGCUGCGGGAGCAGGAGACUAUUCCACUGCCGUGUCCUGGAGGGGUCCAGCGGUCCCUGGAGGAAAAGAGGGAACUAGAAGUCAUCCAGGAAGCCCUCUUGCAGGCCAAAGAGGCUGGAGCACGAGGGAAUCACACAUGCGAGGAUGAACUGGAAAGGGCUCAGCUGUACUUCUUAGAGUUCAAGAGAAGGCAACUUGUCAAGCUAGCAAACCUGGAGAAGGACCUAGUCCAACAGAAAGACCUUCUAAGCAAAGAAGUCCAAGAAGAACAGGAAGCCCUGGAGCGUGUAAGAUGGAAAGCCCACGAGGAAGCUAGCUCGUUGGCAACAGAUAACAGUAGCAUCCCUUACCAGCCUGAAGAUCUAGAGAAAAUAAAGACUGCACAGUCCAGGCUACAAAGCAAAGAGCGCCAGCUACGCGAUCUUCUGCAAAAUCAUUUGCCAGCUCUGUUGGAAGAAAAGCAAAGAGCUCUUGAUAUCCUUGACAGGGCCACCCUGGGCCUAGACAACACUCUCUACCAAGUAGAGAGGGAACUGGAAAAAAAAGAAGAGCCAGUCACAGAGUACCAGGCUAAGGCUAGCCAGCUGCAGCGGCUCCAGGCCACCUUCCAGUUCACAGCUAAUGUCUCCAGACAGGAAGCGAACGUGAGAGAAAAGGAAAAGGAGAUUUUUGAGUCCCAGGAGAAUCAGCAGAGAGAAGCAUUGGAGCAGGCUGUGGCCAAACUAGAGCAGAGGCGCUCUGCCCUACAGAGGUGCUCCACCCUGGAUCUGGAGGUCCAGGAGCAGAGGCAGAAACUUAACUCUCUCCACAGCCCCGAGCACUCAGGGCUGCAGGCCAGUCUGGAGGCCAAACAAGAGGACCUUGAGAAGGGCCCUGCAAGGUUAGAACAUGAAAUCCACCAGCUGAAACAGAAGAUCUGUGAGGUAGAUGGUGUUCAAAGACCUCAUCAUGGGACCUCAGAGGGGAAAGCUGCUCUUUCCGGCUUGUCACCGAGUGCUGAAAACUCUCAUCUGGCUCCACUGAUGGACGCCAGGAUCAGUGCAUACAUAGAGGAAGAAGUCCAAAGACGCCUUCAUGAUUUGCACAGGGUGAUUGGUGAUGCCAGCCAUGCACCUGCUGAUGUGAUGAAGAGUAAUGAGGACCUUCACAAUGGCUCCACUCAACGUAAGCUAAAAUAUGAGCGGAUGUAUUCUCGUUCUCUGGGAGCAAAUCCAGACGACCUGAAGGACCCCAUUAAGAUUAGUAUUCCCCGCUAUGUCCUGUGUGGUCAAGGGAAGGAUGAACACUUCGAGUUUGAAGUCAAGAUUUCUGUCCUAGAUGAGACAUGGACUGUAUUCAGGCGUUACAGUCGUUUUCGAGAAAUGCAUAAAACAUUGAAGCUAAAGUAUGCAGAGCUUGCUGCUCUUGAAUUCCCCCCAAAGAAGCUGUUCGGAAACAAAGACGAGCGAGUGGUUGCUGAGCGGCGGACACACUUAGAGAAAUACCUCAGGGAGUUUUUCAGUGUGAUGCUCCAGUCUGAGACGUCCCCCCUUCACAUCAACAAAGUAGGACUGACCCUGUCCAAGCACACCAUCUGUGAGUUCUCGCCGUUCUUCAAGAAAGGAGUCUUUGACUACAGCAGCUAUGGAACGGGAUAGAACUGAGUGACAGAGGAACCACCAACACAGUGCCUUCUCAUCAAAGUGUCUCCAAUGCAGGCCGACUCCCGCAGCAGGACCCCAGCCUGCCCCCUCCUUUUGCAUGGGGCAACAUGCAGCAGCCAGCCCAGACCACCUCACACACCAUAUCUAGUGCCUGAGUUUGGGAGUGGGCUGCGUUGCCUGCCAAGGGUGACCCUGACCGGCAGUUGUUGCUGUACCUCUGCACUUGAACGUGGCCUUUCCCAUAGUGCUUCCUUCUCGUUGUGCAGCAAGUCAGUCCCCUGCAGCAAGAUGGAUAUGUGGCUUGCUUAUCUUGGGGCUCCUGGAGCCAAACCAACUUGGGACCUCCCAGAGUGGUGGCUUACCAGACCACCCUUAAAUGACUUGCAUCUGGUUUCUUCUUUCACCAAAAUACGCUUGUUUUUUUCUACUCCUUCCAUGUGACUGGCUAUAUUUCAAAGAUGUUUUGAGUUAUGUCAUAUUGUUUUACUCAUUUGGAUUAGGACUUACUAUACCUAAACACUGAAGUUUACACCAAAUGUCCUCUUCUGCAAAAAGGAUCUGUAGGCCAAUCAUGAAAAGAGUCUUCCAUGCCUGACAAAUUGGAUGUAGGCAACAUGACUUAAAACUUGUAGAAACCCUACAAAUAAGACAUUGCUUAAACCUUCAAUAUUUGAGGGCAUCUUCCCAAACCUCAAUGGCUGUUGUCCAUUUUUGAGCUUUUUCUGCAUAAAACAAGUGCAACGCUGGAUGCAAUCUUUUAAAUAUCCUUUUGUUCAUGUUUUAGUACAGAGUCUUCAGGAUCAUUAACUAAAAAGAGAAAAAGAAUUUGCAGUAGUUUAUUAAUAAUCCCUCAAUUACUCAGGACAUAAUGUAGCAUUGCACAUCAGUGUACAGUGAAACUGCUUCAUUUAUCAAAAGAAAAUUGUGAGUAGGAAAAAUAUAUGGUAUAUAUUGAAGUGUACAUAAUUCUACUUAUAGAUUUAUAUGUAUACCCUCCUGUACAAUAGUUCAAUGUCAGGCUGUAUAAUCAUUCACACGAAAUUUAUUAAAGGUGUUUGCUUUUUCAACUGUUAAAUUGAGCUGCUAUCAAUAUUAAAUGAAGUC